CGGCGCCUCUCAUUCUGUUUUCCUCUCUCUCUCUCGACUUGUCAGGGUGGAGGGCUACCUCAACAUCCCUGACAAGAGCUGAAUGCUGUUCCCCUCCGGGCGAUCUGCAAUGGCAAGUUUGCGCGCAGUCUCUUUUGCCUGGCGACCGGUCUGCUCUUUUUCGACCUCAACACCGUGGAUGAACGACAUUCGUUCAUCAACAUUUGCAUCUCGAUUCCUGGACGCAAGCUUCAUGCACGAUAAUUCACGCCCUUGCUCGCAAGAUCACACAACGGCUUUUCCUACAAUACCAGCAGCUUCAUUCGAACGAAGCGAGGCAACGAUCUUGGAAGACCUACGAACAUGUCGCCCAGCUCAGUAUCACAGCGACCCUCAACCCCCAAGCCGAUCCUCUCGUACUUGACGGGCAAGAUUGACAACGUCGCGCCAGCGCUGCCUCAAGCCAUUGCCCUUCGCCAAAGACGACGAGGGAGUUCCUGUUGACCUGCCCAUGAAGCCGUAUACAGGAGAAGGCGGGAGUGUGUCCCUCAUCAAGCCUUCUCUCCGGCAUCGCCAUCUGGACACGCCGGCUAUCGCUAGGACCCCG